CUGGAAUGCUGGCCACGCCUGUCUUCUGAUGUGGGAGCUGAGUACAGACCGUGAAGGCAGCACCAUUACUGUGAGUCACAUGACAGGCCAGCCUCUCCGACUGAUCUUAUACACAUCUAGCUAGUAAUCAUGCCAACCACACAGCAGUCUCCCCAGGAUGAACAGGAGAAGCUUCUCGAUGAAGCUGUGCAGGCUGUCAAGGUCCAGUCCUUCCAGAUGAAACGAUGCCUGGACAAGAACAAGCUGAUGGAUGCUCUGAAGCACGCCUCUAACAUGCUGGGUGAGCUGAGGACCUCCAUGCUUUCUCCAAAGAGCUACUACGAGCUCUAUAUGGCUAUAUCUGACGAACUCCACUACCUAGAAGUUUAUCUGACUGAUGAGUUUGCCAAAGGACGCAAGGUGGCAGAUCUCUAUGAGCUGGUCCAGUAUGCAGGCAACAUCAUCCCCAGACUCUAUCUGCUAAUCACAGUGGGUGUGGUAUACGUUCGCUCCUUCCCCCAGUCUCGUAAGGACAUUCUUAAGGACCUGGUUGAGAUGUGUCGUGGUGUCCAGCACCCACUCAGGGGCCUCUUCCUCAGAAACUACCUGUUGCAGUGCACCCGCAACAUACUGCCAGAUGAUGGAGAGCAGCCGGAGGGAACAGAGGAGAUGACCGGUGAUAUCAAUGACUCCAUCGACUUUGUCCUUCUGAACUUUGCCGAAAUGAACAAGUUAUGGGUUCGAAUGCAGCAUCAGGGUCACAGCCGAGACAGGGAGAAGAGAGAAAAGGAACGACAAGAGCUCAGGAUUCUGGUGGGCACCAACCUAGUUCGCCUCAGCCAGCUGGAGGGUGUCAAUGUGGACAAGUACAAACAGAUUGUUCUUUCAGGAGUGCUGGAGCAGGUUGUCAACUGCAGAGACUCGUUGGCUCAGGAGUAUCUAAUGGAGUGCAUCAUUCAGGUUUUCCCAGAUGAGUUCCACCUUCAGACCCUGAACCCUUUCCUACGUUCCUGUGCUGAGCUCCAUCAACAUGUCAAUGUCAAGAACAUCAUCAUUGCCCUCAUCGACAGACUCGCUCUGUUUGCUCAUCGAGAAGAUGGCCCUGGUAUUCCAUCUGAGAUCAAACUGUUUGACAUCUUCUCUCAGCAAGUGGCCACUGUUAUUCAAUCUCGCCAGGACAUGCCAUCAGAGGACGUAGUCUCUUUGCAGGUCUCUCUCAUCAACUUGGCCAUUAAAUGCUACCCUGACCGUGUGGACUACGUAGAUAAGGUCCUGGAGAGCACUGUGGAGAUAUUCAACAAGCUCAACUUGGAACACAUAGCAACCAGCAGCGCAGUGUCAAAGGAACUAACCCGACUGUUGAAGAUCCCAGUGGAUACCUACAACAACAUCCUGACCGUGCUGCAGCUCAAGCACUUCCCACCACUCUUUGAGUACUUUGACUACGAGUCACGCAAGAGCAUGAGUUGCUAUGUGCUGAGCAACACACUGGACUACAACACCACCAUUCUGGAACAGGAACAGGUGGACGCCAUCUUGAGCUUGGUAUCCACACUGAUACAGGACCAGCCAGACCAACCAGCUGAUGACCCUGACCCUGAGGACUUUGCUGAGGAGCAGAGCCUUGUGGGUCGUUUCAUCCAUCUACUCCACUCCGAAGAUCCGGAUCAACAGUAUCUUAUUCUGAACACAGCCCGGAAACACUUUGGUGCAGGUGGGAACCUAAGGAUUCGCUACACACUCCCUCCUCUGGUGUUCGCUGCCUACCAGCUGGCCUUCAGAUACAAGGAGAACUCCUCAUUGGAUGACAAGUGGGAAAAGAAGUGUCAGAAGAUCUUUUCCUUCGCCCACCAGACCAUCAGUGCACUUAUCAAGGCGGAGCUUGCCGAGCUGCCUCUUCGACUCUUCCUGCAGGGGGCGUUGGCUGCAGGCGAGAUUGGCUUUGAAAACCAUGAGACUGUUGCUUAUGAGUUCAUGUCACAGGCCUUCUCUCUGUACGAGGAUGAGAUCAGUGACUCUAAAGCCCAGUUGGCAGCCAUCACACUGAUCAUUGGUACCUUUGAGCGAAUGCGGUGUUUCAGCGAGGAAAACCAUGAGCCGCUGAGGACUCAGUGUGCGCUGGCUGCCUCCAAGCUGCUGAAGAAGCCUGACCAGUGCCGAGCCGUCAGUAUCUGCGCCCAUCUCUUUUGGUCAGGUCGCAGCACUGAAAAAAAUGGUGAAGAGAUACGCGAUGGUAAGCGGGUGAUGGAGUGUCUAAAGAAAGCCCUGAAGAUUGCCAACCAGUGUAUGGACCCAUCACUGCAAGUCCAGCUUUUCAUUGAAAUCCUCAACAGAUACAUCUGCUUCUAUGAGAGAGAAAACGAUGCGGUGACUGUCCAGGUAUUAAACCAGCUUAUCCAGAAGAUCAGAGAAGACCUUCCCAACCUGGAGGCGAGUGAGGAAACGGAGCAGAUCAACAAACACUUCCACAACACACUGGAGCAUCUUCGCCUGCAGAGAGAAUCCCCCGAGUCUGAGGGCCCUGCCUAUGAGGGCCUGGUCCUUUAAAACUCACGCAGGUUGGAAGGAUGUGAAGUCCAUCCAUAGAUGUUUCACUAUAUUAUAAAUAUACAACAGCACACACUCACAAGAACUCACAAAAUCCCAUCCUGUAGGCCGGGAAUAAAAAUAAAUAUCAAGAAGAGCUAAAGUACUCACUCCUUCAUUUUAUUAUUAUUAAUUUUUCUGCAUCAUUUCCUCUUCACCGUCCCUCACUUGCAGAAUGGUUUUCUGCAACAGGUUGGAGAUGUUACAUUUGAGAAGCGUGUGCCAACAACACUGCACUUAGCUUUAACGUGCACUUGUGGCAAGUCGUAGGCACUAUUCCUUUAUGAAUUCCUGCUUGGCUAAUUUGUCUUUAACCUGUAUCAUUUGAUUAUCAAUAGAUUUACUAGCUGUUGUAGGUGUACCUGCUGAGUCAUCAACCCCUCAUGUGUUCGCAUCUUUCCAUAUUGAGAAGUGAAUGUAUUGCCGUGAGUGUAUAACGGCUACAAGAUCUAGUAUUGGUGUUACAGCUGUAUUGCAUACGAAUAACCCCUGAAUAACUGCUGUUCCUUGGGAUGGCUUUGUAGCUAUUUUUAAACUGGUUGGAACAAGCGAAACUGAAGACCUGAUGUAUGGAAGUACAUGCAAACUAUGGCCCCACAGGAACAGUGCAAACAAUGUUGUUUCCAUUAAAAGCGUCUUUAUCA